GACCUGGAGCUUUAAGAGUUAUAGCAACUGACGCUCUAUUGUAUCACAGGUUGGCCCAUCCUACAGCUUGCGUUAUAUUCAAUCUGGUAAUAGAAAGUGAAAGUGUCUGGAGGAGAUUGUUUUUCUUUCCUAGCACUGAGCUCAAUGGCGGAAGUACAAGAAGAGGUCUGUGCCUUCUGUAAGAAGAGUGGCGAGCUUAUGAUCCUACAGGAUACCUCUGAAGAGAUCCUAGCCCAUUACUAUUGCAUGCUUUUCUCACCAGGAGUGAUUACAAGUCCCAAGAAAGACUCACAAGACAAUACAGUUGAAUUUGAUAUUUCUUCUGUGAUAAAGGAAAUAAACAGAGGAAAGAAACUGAGGUGUUCUUUUUGUAAAAGAAAUGGAGCUACUGUUGGCUGUUAUAAUAAUAGCUGCAAGAAAACGUACCAUUGUGAAUGCGUGAAUGAAGUUGGAGGUGUACCUAUUGAAGAUGAGGUUACUGAACGAUAUAUUGCCUUUUGUCCUGAUCAUUUAGGAGAUAUCGAAGUUGUACAAAAUAAUGAGCCAGUUGCUCCUGGUGACCUCCCGGACGAUGGAAUUAUGCUUGUGGAGAAUAUAACACACACAGAUGAAGACACUAUACUCCCUUUUGAACAGCCAUUGGAUGAGACAGCUUCUCCUAAUGACCAGAAAAUUGGACACAUGCUUGUGGAGGAAACAACACACACAGAUGGAGAUAGUGUACCCACUUCUGAAUUUCCUGCAAAUGUUGACAAGUUGAUGAAUCUAAGCAAUGACCAAAAAAGUAAACUGAUUGAGAGUUAUAAGGAGGCUGAAAGACAGAUGUCAAGAAUUGGAGACACAACUAAAGCGGCUCAGGCUUUCUGGAAUUUGUGCAGAGAGAACAAAUGCAGAGAAUUCUUUCUAAACUCGGUAAAAUGUAACAUGAAAUCAGUCUUUCAGAAGAUUAUUCAUGAAGAGCCCAAGGACAAAGAUUUUGAACAAGCAUUUGCCUUUCUCCAAGCAAGUGGAUGUUUUGCUGAUUUUAUGAAUGGAACAGAAGAUGACCAAACAAAGAUGAAUUCCAGGACUAGCAACAGACAAGAGUCAUACAAUGAAAGUGAUUCAGAAAAUGCUGGUUCUUCUACAGAAGUGAAAGGCCAAAGGAUAUUUACCAGAGAUGAAAACCCUAAAGAGAUGGAAUCUGAAUCCCCAGAUCCAUCCCAAACGAGCAACAAAGUAGGGCAAUGCACCACAGAAGUGGAAGGUGAAUGGUCCAAAACAUCUUCAUUGUCAGUAAACAGCAAAGUAAAGAGAAGCUCCAGAGUUGAAGACCUCAAUGGAAUGCAAAGUGAACUGUCUAAAUCACCUUUAAAGGGCAACAGAAUAGAGGGAAGCUGUAGAGAGAAGGACCAUGACGAUAUACAAUGUGAAAUAACUUCAGAGAGCCGCAGGAAAGAGGAAAGCUCAAAAGGUGAGUACUUAGACAAAAUGGAAACGGAAUCUCCUGCAGCAUCUCUAUUUUCACAUUCGGCGAGCAGGAAAAGUGAUGAGACUUUGACAGGGAACACCUCUCGGAGACACAGGGUCUCAAAAAUAAAUCGGUCUAAGGCCAUAAAAGCAAAUUUGCGGGUUUUGAAAACUCAACAGCAAACCUUACUAUACCAACUGAAGCAGCAAACUAAAGAUGGAGAUUCAGGUUUUGCCACAAACCUAAUUCAAUUUCUGAGGAAAGUUCCAGAGGAUAAAAGAUUGUUUACUCAAAUAUCUAUUCUAAAUGUCUUAUCAUCUGUUUUGGAUCAGCAGCCAAUGUCUAUAUCAAACUCUGCCUCCUGAGACAUAAGCCACAAAUGUAUGAGACCGGCUCUGACAAAUGACUGCCACGCAAGGGAAAUUGUAUACUUUGACAUAACUGUCCUAAAGAUGCUAAGAAUAAUAAUAAUAAUAUGGCAUAUGAGCAGAUUAUUUACAUAUAUAUAUAUAU